AUGCUUUGCCCAGAAGUUUGGCACUUUAAAGCACCUCGGCACCACUUCGAGUGCCACGACACCCUUGGCCAAGAAGCAGAAGCCGAGACAAAGAGUCGCAAUCGUCUGACGAAUACGAUCAAGGCACAUUACUUCAAUCACUCGGUAUCCGUGGUGCUUCCUAACACAAACGGCAUUCCAGAAAGAUUUAACGAAAGCGUUUUAGAAGACAGCGAUUAUUAUCGGAUUGAUGGUUUGCGCGCCGUCGAGCUGGUCGACAAAGAAUUCAUUGAGUCGUUCGUCAAAAAAGGAGAGUUGAGUUUGCUGGCGGUGGAGCGGCGAAUAGACGUGGACAACUCGGCGGCGAUCAGUCCGAGUGGACACUUGCUGCUGAGCCUGUCGCGCGACAGAUACCAGCGGCUCGGCAUCGAGGGUCGGCCGACCGCGUUCGAGCGCCGCGCGCACUCGCGCUACGGUAAGUGA